GCAGGAUGCAAAGUGGGGUGCAUGCAGAGCAGGGUGCAUGCAUGGGGGGUGCGUGCAGAGGGGUGCAAAGUGGGGUGCAUGCAUAGCAGGGUGCACUCGUGGGGGGGUGCACGCAGGGAACAGUGCCAGGAGAUCCCUCAGCUCGGGCCCAGGGAGCUCGGGGUUGGGGCUGGAGCUUUCCCAGCCCCGCCUGGCCCCUGGCGUGCGGAAGGGGACGGGGACAGGGCAGGGCAGGGCGGCCCAUGAGUAUCGUUUCCUCCCGUUCUGCCCCUCGCCCCGACGCCUCGCUGACGCCCGGCCCAGCAGUGACCAGCGUCCUGCCCGUUCGGAAGAGACUCGCCUCCUUUGCCACUUUCUCCCGAGGACAGGCCUUGAAACCCUGCCCCAAAUACACCUAAAACCGCCUCCUUCCUGCCCGGCAUUUAACACCGCAAGCAAAGUCGGGACCGAACCCGCCGGGCGCGUCGGACUCCAGCAGCGGGUUUGCAAGACGAGAUCCGCGAAAACCAUCUCCAAAGUAGCGUACCACCAGGGAGUGGUGAUAGUGACAUGUCCCGGCUGCCAGAACCACCACGUCAUAGCGGAUAACCUGGGAUGGUUCACAGAUUUGGAAGGGAAAAGGAAUAUCGAGGAAAUCCUUGCGGCCAAGGGGGAGAAGGUGAGGCGUGUGGUCGGCGAGGACGCCUUGGAGCUGCUCCUGGAGAACGCAGCGGACGCAGCGCCCCAAAGCCACCCCACAGAGGGAGACGGUGGGGGAGGCUCCCCUGAGUCCGGAGGCAGGGACCCGACCUGAUCCCCGGGUUGUCCCUGGGGAUAGAGAGACCACAGCGCCACGUUGUGCUUUUCAGACGUGCAUGGUUCUUGUAAAUAAAUUCAGCCGCACAAAAGCCUUGUCCUCCGGUUGAUUUCUUAACUUGGCACUGGGCUGUUUAACCCGAGAUCGGCCGCGUGUUUGUACUGGACUUGAGACCUUUGUUACACACGAUUGAUUUUAAAACCAGAUUUACUUCUG